GCUUCUGUGACACAACGAGAGAGAAAGGGAGUGGGAGAAGAGAUGCAGGGAGUGAGUGAGCAAGAAACAGUGAGAGAAAAAGAGAGCGAGAGAGAGAGAACUGCUGCCAGCAGAACUAGAUCAGGUUGCAAAUAUUGAUAGAGAGGCUGUUCAGCUAAUAAGCAGAGGUAAUUAUCUCUUUUAAUUCAACAUUUUUAUGGGAAAUGUGACAAAGGACUUCAAUGCUACUAAAAAUUGUCAAUGAACACAAGUGCUGAGGGAGUUCAGAAGAUGGGGAUACAAUGCCUUUUUUCACAUUGGGAAAUUGUUAGAUACCUUUUUUUACGCCCAGCAACGGAGGACAAACUGAGGACAGAGUGAUUCAGUCAAAGAGAAGAAAAUACACACAUUUGUCAUGGUUUUGUUCUUCGUGGGGACCGAUUGACCACAGUUGUAUUUCAUGUAUGUGCGAUGUAUGUAGGAAGAACUCGCUGACUGACAACAACAGAGGAAGGAAAGAUAGCAGAUAUAGAGCUCAAUGAUGAAGAAAUUCAAAGGGUUUCUGUGUCUGUGGCUCAAAAGGAUGGAGUGGUUCUACCCUUAGGAAUCAAAGAAGGAGAGACCAGCUCUGGUGGCUUAAACUCAGAGGGAGAAUGAGGCUUCAGUUUGGUUAGCUGGGAUAUGAGCCAGGAGGAUACUGUGUUUCAGCUCUAAAGUGGGGUAGAAGAAGAACCAGGUGAAUAAUAUAAGGGAGUGGUCGGCCGAGAGUACAACAACCCACACAGCACACCUUCUCCCUGGCUAUGACCGGCUGAGAUGGAGCUCUGGCAUUGACACCACUGGGAAGGACCUCUGAGUGAUCACACAUUGGGACAUCCGGGACCUCCCACCUACUCCCGACCCUGCAGCCCGGGCCUACGUGGCCAGCAUGAGUGUGGGGCGGCUCAACCGUUACAGCAUUGUGUCAUCCGAGGAGGAGGCGCUGCGGCUCACCAACAUGCACGGCAGCAGCAGUGGUGGAAUGAAUGGAUUUGGCAACGGCAAAAUCCACACACGCCGCAAGGUCCGCAACCGCUUCGUCAAGAAGAAUGGCCAAUGCAAUGUGCAGUUCGCCAACAUGGAGGACAAGUCGUCGCGCUACAUGGCCGAUAUGUUCACCACGUGCGUGGACAUCCGUUGGCGCUACAUGCUGGUGCUGUUCACGCUGGUGUUCGUGCUGUCUUGGCUGGCCUUUGGCCUGGCCUUCUGGGUCAUAGCUUUACUCCACGGCGACCUUGACAAUCCGGCCGGAGACGACAACUUCACGCCCUGCGUUCUGCAAGUCAACGGCUUCGUGGCCGCCUUCCUGUUCUCCAUCGAAACCCAGUCGACCAUCGGCUACGGCUACCGCUGCGUGACGGAGGAGUGUCCCGUCGCAGUCUUCAUGGUGGUCUUCCAGUCCAUCGUGGGCUGCAUCAUCGACUGCUUCAUGAUUGGUGCCAUCAUGGCCAAGAUGGCACGGCCCAAGAAGCGGGCACAGACGCUGCUGUUCAGCCACAACGCAGUGAUCGCCAUGCGCGACAGCAAGCUGUGCCUCAUGUGGAGGGUGGGGAACCUGAGGAAGAGUCACAUUGUAGAGGCUCACGUCAGAGCUCAGCUCAUCAAACCCCGGAUCACUGACGAAGGGGAGUACAUCCCCUUGGACCAAAUAGACAUCAAUGUGGGCUUUGACAAAGGCCUGGACAGGAUUUUCUUGGUGUCGCCCAUUACGAUUAUCCAUGAGAUUGAUGAGGAUAGUCCACUCUAUGGGAUUGGUAAAAAUGACCUGGAGACGGCAGACUUUGAGAUCGUGGUCAUACUGGAAGGAAUGGUCGAGGCGACUGCCAUGACCACACAGGCGCGCAGCUCCUACCUGGCCACGGAGGUGCUGUGGGGGCACCGGUUCGAGCCGGUGCUCUUCGAGGAGAAGAACCUGUACAAGGUGGAUUACUCUCACUUUCACAAGACCUACGAGGUACCGUCCACCCCGCGGUACAGUGCCAAGGACAUGGUGGAGAAUAAAUUCCUGGUGCCCACCUCCAACUCCUUCUGUUAUGAGAACGAGCUGGCCUUCCUCAGCCGGGACGAGGACGAGGAAGAGGAUGUGGUGGGCGUGGGCGUGGGCGGUGGUGUCAGAGUGCUAGCCAACCUGAACAGUCCGGACCGGACCAGUCGACACGAGUUCGAGAGGCUACAGACCACUAGGGGACUGGACCAAAGGUCGUACCGCAGGGAGUCAGAGAUAUGACCCCUGCCCUUGUACCUACCUGGGGUCAACUUUUGAUACGUUUUCUUUCCUUCCAAGGGUAAAAAUGCAGAACAAUGCAAAGUGCCAUAGGAAAAGCUGACUACUGUAAUAGGUUGGAAAGAAAAUAAGGGGACAGUGAAAGGGAAAGAGGGAUACUGUUGGGAAGGAAUAGGUGAAAGCAAGAGUACGCAGCUCGCAAAACUGUGGUAGAGAAUGUCGUCAACAAAAGGAAAAGGCCAGUGAAGGACCUUAAUUCCUUCAUGGAAACUUGAAUAUUUUUUCAUAAUGUCAUUUGAGUUUCAAUGAUGCAUCGAACAGGUAUAAUGACAAGACCUAAUAAUCAGAUACUAGGUGUUAAUAUUAUUGCUUAGAUAAGUUGUUUUGUGUGGAGUACCUUUUUUCAAAAAACAUAUUUAAAAAAAUAUUUUUGCUAUUUCAACUCGCUGUUGGGCACAAAGGAUAGUGUUACAGUUUAAAGCUUCCCAUAAGCUUCCCACAUUGCUGGAAUUCACAAUCGCUGUAACGGAGUUCGAUGGCACUUUGAAAAUUCCUGUAAAAGUGUACUGCAGCAUUCAGAAGCAAUGAACCAUGCUAAAUCAUUUAACCAUCCAUAAGCCAUUGAAGCACAACGUAGUUUCACAACUUGGACUUAAUUUGAACCAGUUGAGGGGAAUACAUAUAAUUUGCACUAUUAGCUGAAUUUAGGAGUAGGCCCAAUAGUAAUGCAGUAAAUUAAUUUAGAAUGGGCAGGGGGGAACAUCUCAAAAUUCUCUAAAAAGAAAAUAAAUUGAAUUGAUCAUAAAACAUUAAAAUAACACAGGAUUAAUCUGACCUCAACGAAGUUUGAAACAACUAUAGGGGAAAUAUCAUGACAUUUUUUUUUUCUCUCUUUUUAUUCUCUUUAAAAUGAAUCUAUGCACAUCAUUAAUGAUAUCAAGGGACAGAAACUGAAUGGAUUUCCGUAGAAGAUGUUAUGAUGUCGUCCAAUCACCAUUGCAUAAUUCUACAAAGAGAACGGGUUUGAUAAAUGUGUGUCUGAACUCAAUGAGGGUCGAGGGCCUUCACAUGUAUAAAGUGUUUCCCCUCUAAUAUCUUUAUAAGUAAAGAGCAGUUAUCGUAUGCUAUCAAAUCCCUUUUGAUAGAAAAGUUCAAAUAGUAUGCAGAAAGAAUGGUACUUUACCAGGUAAAUUGAUGUGAGUUAAAGGAAUAAUCCACUCAUGAUGAUGGUGUAAGUGACAAUUUGCUUUUUGAAAGUCCUACAUCUUGAAAACUUGAUUCAUGACAUUUUCGGACUAUAUCAACAAUGGACUAAUGAAAAAAAUACUAAAUAUAGUUUAAAAUAUAGUGUAUUAUUCCUUCAAGUUUUGCUUUGCUCGAAAACUGUCAUCAAUAUUUUCCUAAUGGUCUACACAGGGUAUGCAUGUGGGGCAGGGUUAAAAUUUGUAAAAGGAUUAAUCCCAUGCUUUUAGAAACAUACUUUAAGGGCAAGUUAUUAACUCCUAUUAAGCACGAGACACUAUCUGUGACAUGUUGACAAAAGUCCGUAGUUGAUUUGAUUCAAUUACAUCUAAGAAGCAAUAGGCUUACAUGAUCAGGUGGACAGACAGUAUGAAAAGCAAUAAUACUGAAAUGUACCUCCAUGUUAUGUACUAAACAUAAAUGGUGAAUGGCACAAAGCUAAAUUUGGCUAUCAUGAGUCUAUUUGUGGAACCCGCUUGGCUAGUCUAGUGACUCUAUUCUCUCGUGGUGCACCUGUUAUAUAACUCGCGCCACACUCAUCUCUCUGACAGUGAUGUUUUGAGUUUCGAGGAGAGCUUUCACCAAAACAUCAUGUAUAGACAUCCUUCACUUUACUGGAGUGCUCUUCAAAGUUCAAUAACUCAAGAAGUAGCUGAGGAGCUGAGUUAAGUUGGGUUUGGAACAACAUUAUACACAUUAUGUUAAGAAUGAGUACAAUAACAAAAAUUAUUUGUACGGUGUGUUGCUAUGAUAUGGAAGCCUAAAGGUACCAAAACUCAAUUUAAAAUGCAAAUUGGAAUGGAAGUAACAAAAGGAGUCAUAAAUAGGAAGGGUAAAUGUGUCUUGAAUGUUAAUAAUCUAGGUUCAACUUCAAGCACAAAAUCAAGCAAAAUCAAAUAAAUGUCAUAUUUUAGUAUCUACAGAUUUGUUUUUGUCUUAGUUACAUUUACUGAGUAGUUUGUAAUUGAUCAGUAUCUAGGUAAAGAAAGAAAACUAAGGUGCAUGACAGACUCAUUUUAAUCUUUGGCAUGAAUCGUAGCAUAUGAAAUGUAUACCUUGAAUUUAUGCCUGCCCAUAAUGCACUGCUCUACUAAAUAGCACACAAUAUAUUAUGCUGUGUCAUGAAAUCAUUGAAAUCCUCAUUGAAAUGUGCAGUUCAUGUCCCCUAAAAUACUACUUUUCCUCUUACACCAAAAUAACUGCCCUUGUAUCUAAGAGAGGAGGAAGUAGGAGGUAUAGUACUGUAAGACUAGCACAAGAAGAAACACCAUGAUGGUCAUUCAGCUGGCUACAAUGACUGAUAUUUUCCUAGUGUUCCUUUUAUCCCAGGGGUAUCCCCUUUCCCCUAAAUAAUGAUACAUAAUGUGUUGCUUUUUAGAACUUUUAGGCUAAGAGAGAUUUUUUGGGGAGAUGAAUGAAGCCUUUUUGUCCCAAUCCUAGAUUUUAUGCUCAUUGCCUUCUGGGAAGGCUCUGGUAUCCUAAUGUGUGACACCUUUGUACCUACUUAUUAUGUUUCGGUGGUAUCCAUGGUAAAGCAUCAUCAGCUUCUAUGCUGCAUCAUCGGAAUGCAAAAUUCCAUCAUGCCUUUUUCUUUUUUAUCUGAGGGAUUCUAUUAAGUUUUAGUAUUACCCAACCUGACUCCAUGAAAACAGAGAAUGCACUAGCUGUACACAGCAUCAAUAAACUAUAUUAGGUAACAGCUAAAUACACACAAAUCAACACAUGUUUUUUUUUUUUUUUAGUUAUUUUUAAAUGACAGUAUUUCAUUGAGAUACAUUAGAACAAAGUCAUCCAUAUUUAUCGAAUAUUUUAGUACCAGAAGAAAAUCUGAAGAAAUCACAAAGAAAGAGGCAAAAAUUGAUUUAUUGCCUCAGGUUAUCAAUGAUUUGAUUUUGUUUCAUUUCAGCACAGAAGCUUAUGAUUAAACAGGUAUUUCUCUUAAAGGGAUGAUUGGAAAACCUUUGACCUCUGUAGAAGUCUUCCUAUGGCUCAGGUGAAGAAACGUGCCCUGGGCUUUUAUUUUAAUGCAUAAUGCAAUGUCAAUUAAAUUAUUCGAUUAAAACCUAAUUGUAAAAGAAAA